UAAUGCUUGCUGGAUUGACAAAUGAUGACAGCUCUGUUGGCAUUUGUGCUACUAGACCUGAAGAUUAUGAUUUUUAUGCCAUCUACUUGUAAUAAUUAAUUAGAGACUACCAUUAAAUAUAAGGAGACACAAAACAAGAGUAUGAUUGGAAUAUUCUAAUUGAUGAAUCUGUUUUAACUAAAAUCAAUCCAACUUUAGAAAAAGUGUCAAUGAGAGCCAGAGUUGCAAGAAAUGUUAAAGGAUUUAUUAAGAAUUAUUUCUAUUGUCUAAGGUAAUGAUAUAGGAAAGGUUGAUAAGUCAUUACAUGAUUUAUUAACAGGAAUUGAAAAAAGUGGAUUAGAAUUUGCAAAGCAUCCAGUAUAUGGAGUAAUAAAAACAUGUCCUACUAACAUGGGAACAGGAAAGAGACAAUCAAUUCUUGGAAAAUUCCCAAAUAUUACUAAUUAAGGAACAGAUGAAAAAAAAUUGAAAGAGAUUGCCAAAUAAUUUGGACUUUAAGCAAGAGGAUGUAGAGGUGAACAUUCUGCAAUGGAUAAGGAAGGAAGGAACGGCUGAUAUUUCUCCAUCUGCCAGAAUUUGGAGUUACAGAAGCAAGAGUUACCAAGAGACUGUGUGAAGGUUUGAUUAAAUUAUAUGAGAUUAAGGCAUAAGCAGGAAAAGAAUGAUAAAAAUGAGUUUAUAAAUAAACAUUUAAAAAAUUCAAUAUAUUUUCUAAUUAAUCAGUAAACAUAAAAAAAGUUUUAGGCUAUUUAAUAAUAAUUUUUUUUUGCCAUUAAUGGAUAAAUAAUAAAUAGAAGAAAGAUGGUUAAUAUGUGCUGAUCCAGACAGCUGCUAGAUUUAUACUUUGAAUAUAAAUACAAAUGAAUUCAAAAUUGAAUAUGAAGUUGAUUAAGAAUAUAGAUAAAAAGCUAUUCAAGCUAUUUAAUAAAUUGAAUAAAUGCUUAAAUUGAAAUCAGGUGAGAUAAUAAAUCCUAUAUAGGUACUUGGCGUAUGGCAUCUAAAUAAAUUGAAUAAUACCGAAGAAGAAAAAUUCCAUCAUACUUAUUACAUAAAUAAUCCUCCUCUAUUCCAACUUAUCUUUGUUAAUCAACAUUAAGUUAAGCCUUUGUUAAAGUUAAUUCAAUCAAACUCUAAGUGAAAUUGAAUCAAUACAAAGAAUUAUUUGUAAAUAUGUCACCUGAAGUUCAAUUAUUAGAAAAACCUAAUAUUGUUGAAAUUGAAGCAGGAUUAGUGACUGGUGCUGAUGAAGUAAUAAAAAAUGUUUUAAGAGAAAUCUAUUAAAGAUUUAAAGUGAAGUUAAAACCAAAAGAUGAAAAAAACUAAUUUAUUUUACAAAUUGCUGGAUUUAAGGAAUUUUUAACAGGCAAUCAUCCUAUGUUAUCUUAUGAUAGAGUUAGAGUAUAAUUAAGAGGAAUGAAGCAUUUGGAAGUUAUUCUUACAGAAGUUCCAAAAUAAACUGAUUAAUCCUCAUUAUUUCCUCCUAUUAUUCAAAGAAUAAAAGGUGCUGAUUAAUAUUCUCCAAUUGAAUGGAAGAAAUUUAAAGAUGUUCCUAUUUUAUUAUGGUAUGCUCCUUCUCCAUUACCAAAAUAUGAAGUUGAAGUAAUCAACACUAGAUUAUCUUUUGGAAUAGGACCUAAUUAUUAAUUGAAAUCAGAUAAACCUAGAGGCUCUAGUCAAGAAAAUAUUUCAAAUUUAGAAUGCAGUGAAAAGAUUAAAAGAUAAUCUGUUGGAGAUAACCCAUAAAAAUAAUCCUUUUAAGAAUAAGGAAAUAAAAAAGGUGUUGGAUAUAUUAAUGAUUUGGUUUCAAUGAGAAAUGAAUUAUUUAGAUAAAAUAUUUUGUAAAUUGAUCAAAAUAUUCUUUACUCUGGAGAAUGUGACUGGCCUUUUAGUGUCAGAAUUUGUUCAAUUGAAAAUCUUGUUUAAGUACUUGAAUAGGAUAAUAAAUUUGAAAAACCUUAAUUAAGGGCAACCUACAAUGGAUUAAUACCUCCACAAUAUAUUACAAAAAAAACUAGUACAAAAGUUGAAGAUGAUAAUCAUAAAACCAAAAAUAAUAAAUCAGAAGAUAGAGAAUAAAAUAAAGGUAGACAGGUUCAUCUAAAAUUGCAUAAAAGAACUGGAAGAGUUUUAGAUCCUAGAAAUCUUGAUAUACGUAAAUAAAUUCCAUUUGGAGGAUAAGAUUUUUUGGACGAAUUAGAGACUUUUUAAGAAAGAUAUGAACUAGACUUUUUACCAUUUUUAAUAUCAGUUUAAGUUUGUUUAUAUCAUGGUUGUAAACUAUUGACACCAUGGUGUUAAGCUGAAACAAAGAAAUAGCCAUUCAGUCACUCUCCUAAAUUUUAUUAAUCGGUUACUUUUCCUGGAAUAAAGAUCUCAUAAUUACCUUAAGAAGCAAGACUUUGCUUCAAUAUAAUAGCACACAGCGCCAUAGGAUAACAAUAAAUUAUAGGCUGCACUACUAUGUAUAUUUUUUCUGAGGAGAAGAGAUUUCGAGUUCACAUGAAUUAAUUGAAUAUAUGGCCUUUUUAUAAAAUUGAUCCCAGAUUACUUUGUGUAGGUCAAUAUUAUGGCUGGGCUAAUUAAUAAUAAACAUAAAUUACUACAGAUUUAAUUACAAAUUCUUAUGGAAGAUUAAUAAUAUAAUUAGAUCAAUUCAAUUUACCAAUGAAAUGGAGUUUAAGAGAUGAAAAAUAGUUGGAAGAACUUGGAUUCUCGAAAUCAGCAAGAAGCUAGAGAUACUAUGAAAUGAGAAAUACACUUAUCCCUAAUUCUGAUUAUUCGACAUAUUAAUAAAUGUAAUCCUCUACAUUGGCUUCUGAAUAGUUUGGAACCCUAUAUCAAAGUAAUUAUUCAACGACAGCAAACUCAUUUAGUUCUGCAAACAGUUUAAGUGGUGGGUCCCACAUCUUUAGUAAAAAAUAAAGAGGAGUAGUAGCAGGAAAUUCUCUUUAUGCAACAACUAAUAUUCAUUAAAGAUAACAUACAAACCCUUAUGAGCAAUAUUCCUAAGUUGGGUUUACAUCCUAAGAGUAGGGAACAAUUCUGAGAUUUGGAGAGUUUAAUGAGAGGAAUACUCACAUUGCUCCUUCAGUAAUGCAUAUGGGACAAGGAAGUUCUUUCAAUAUUCAUGAAUAAUCAAGUUCUUAAUUUAGCUCAUACAAAUUGAGCCAUUAAUUUUCAUCCUAAAAUAUAUCAUAAAAUCAACCAGUGAGUGAGAGUUACAAUUAAAUAGUAACAUUUAAAAAUUGGUCAACUACUCCGAGGACUGAAGAUUUGGCUAUUUUAUAAGCCUUACUAAAAUAUAAUCCUUUAAAUAGACCAUAUUUUACUGACUAACAUAAGUACAUUCUAAUGAUUUGUAGAAAUCAUUACAAAACUUUACCAUAUGCUCUUUAAAUAUUUUUAAUGGCUAUAGAAUGGGAUGAUCCUGAAUAAGUAAGGGAAGCACAUAAUAUGAUAAAGUUAUGGACUCCUUUACCUCCAGAAGAUGCACUUCCAUUAUUAGAUGCUCCAUUUGCUGAUGAAACUGUUCGAUUGUAUGCUGUUGAAAGAGUUAGUAUAUUGUCUGAUGAUGAACUGUAAUUAUAUAUGUUAGAAUUAACUCAAUGCUUGAUGUUUGAGAAACAUCUUUUCAAUCCAUUAGCCGAGAUGUUGCUAGAAAGAAGUCUAUAAAAUCCUUGGGUUGUGGGUCAUGAAUUAUUUUGGUUGCUUAAAGCCUAAUUACAUGUUAGACCAUCGUAUGAAAGAUAUUCUCUUUUAUUAGAAUAAUUACUUAUGCUUUGUGGAGAAUUCAGAUAAUAAUUAAUGAAUGAAGUUCUAGUUGAUAAUGAGCUUUACAAUAUUGCAUAAAAAGUUAAAGAAGAAAAUAUACCAAAAGAUAAUAGAGUUUCAUUUUUAUAAGCUGAACUGCAUUAACUUUUUCCUAAACUACCAAAGCCUUUCUCAUUUGCUUUAGAUUCAAGAAUGGAAGCUUAAUAAUUUAAAAUGAGUGAAUGUAAGGUUAUGGAUUCAAAAAAAAUGCCUUUAUGGCUAUCAGUAAUUCCCCAAUGUAUAGAAGAAGAUGAGGAUUUAUAGAUUUCUCAACCUUAAAAGAUUGUGAAAGCAAGUGAAGAAGGUGUUAUAUAAAUUAACAUUAUGCCUGAUGAUGUUAAAUAAAAAGAACACGCAAAUGAUUAAUAAAAUAUAGAUUCAAAAUAAUCAACACUUCUAAAAAUAAUGUUUAAAACAGGGGACGAUAUAAGGUAAGAUAUGUUGACGUUACAGUUAAUUAAAAUUAUGGAUAAAAUUUGGUUAGAUGCAGGUUUAGAUUUUAGAAUGAAGCCUUAUAAAACUAUUUCAACAUAAGACAAUGUUGGUAUGAUAGAAGUUGUCACUAAUAGUUUAACAAUUGAAAAAAUUCAUGGAGAUGCAGGUGUGAUGGGUGCAUUUUAAUAGAAAACUAUAUGGAAUCAUUUAAAAACAAAAAAUACUGAACCUUAAUCUUUUGAAACAGCAACUGAUAAUUUUUUACGUUCUUGUGCUGGUUAUUGUGUUGCAACUUAUGUAUUAGGAAUUGGAGAUCGACAUUCAGGUAACAUAAUGAUUACUGAUACAGGCCAUUUAUUUCAUAUUGAUUUUGGUCAUUUUUUAGGUAAUUUUAAAUAAAAAUUUGGAAUAAAGAGAGAAAGAACUAAAUUUGUUUUGACAGAAGAAGUAAAAUAUAUUAUAUGAUUAUAGAUGGCUUUUGUAAUGGGAGGAAGAGAUGGAGAUCUUUUCAAAAAGUUUCAGCAAGAUUGCACGAAUGCAUACAAUUUAGUUAGAAAACAUGGACAUUUUUUAAUAAAUAUCUUUUUAAUGAAUCUUUCUGCAGGAAUGCCAGAGUUAUAAUAGGCAUCAAAUGUUAAAUAUAUUGAAGAUUAAUUGGCUUUGAAUAUUUCAGAUUAAGAAGCAACUGCUAAAUUUAAAUAAGAGAUUAUUAUCUCUUUAAAUGAUACUUGGAGAUAGAUUGAUAAUUGGUUUCACUACAUUAAAAGAAGAGGUGGAUGA